AUGGCCGCCGAUUGGAGUGUACUAGCGAUCAACGGCUCGCCACUGUCGGCCGUCCUUCUGCUGCCCGUUCUACUGCUUCUGGUGUGGAUCGUUUGGGAUGUGAUCGAUAGGCGUGGUGCGACGUACGGUGCGGUACGACAAUUUCCCGGACCACCCGUAUGGCCACUGAUCGGUACAAUGUACAGCACCCGUGGGUUAGAUGCGGCCACCACAUUCGAUGCAUUUCGUCGCUGGACCAAACAGUACGAUGGAACGUACAGACUGUGGCUAAACAGCUAUCUGUUCUCGCUCAACAUUACGCGCUGCCAGCAGCUGGAACCAUUUAUGAGCGGUGGACGCAACACGGACAAGAGUUUGCUGUAUCGGUUUCUACACCCAUUCAUCGGGAUCGGUCUGCUAAACAGUGCGGGUGCCAAGUGGCUCCAGCGGCGACGCAUUCUAACGCCAACCUUUCACUUCCACAUCCUGAACGGGUUUCAUCGUACGUUCUGUGAGGAGAGUGAAAAGCUGGCGGCCAAAAUUGACUCCAGACGAACGUUGGAAGAGUCAGCAGUGGAAAUUGACCUUCAGUCGGCAAUGUCACAGCUAACGCUGAACACUAUCUGUGAAACAUCAAUGGGUGUAAAGCUGGACUCGUUGGACGGUGCACGCGAGUAUCGGGACGGUAUCUAUAAGGUGGGUAAUAUGAUGCUUAACCGUGCAGUCCGGCCAUGGCUGUAUGUGGACUGGGUGUACCGGGUGCUGGGAUACACCCAGAAGCUACAACGUUUGCUAAAACCACUCCAUCUCUUCACCAAUCGGAUCAUCGCACAACGGCGUGAACUGUUCGAGCAAGGAAAGUUAAACGAUCUCAGCACAGUGGAUACUACAGAACAGGACGACGACUCCCCCCUGUACGGAGCUAGUUCCGGUGGCAAAAAACGGUACGCCAUGCUGGACACACUUCUUGCAGCAGAAACGCAAGGACUAAUCGAUGCCGACGGUAUCCGGGAAGAGGUAGAAACGUUCACAUUCGAAGGUCACGAUACGACCGCAUCCGCGCUUGUAUUCAUCUUUCUAACCCUAUCCUGGGAGCCAGAAAUUCAGGACCGCCUGUACCAGGAACUAGUACAACUGUACACCGAAAAGAAAGGUACUAUCACGCACGAUGAUCAUCUUUCGCCAGUCGAUCUAAGCUCGCUAAAGUUCUUCGAUCGCGUGAUCAAGGAGUGCCUUCGCCUAUGGCCACCGGUAGCAUUCAUUUCGCGCUCCGUUACGGAAGAAAUUUCACUACCGGACGGUCGUACCAUACCGAAGCGAUGCAUCGCCAACCUGCAUAUCUUCGAUCUGCACCGUGAUCCGGCCCAAUUUCCCGACCCGGAACGGUUCGAUCCGGAUCGCUUCCUGCCGGACCGAAUCGCGGCACGUAAUCCGUUCGCGUACGUACCGUUUAGUGCAGGGCAGCGGAACUGCAUCGGGCAGAAGUAUGCACUGCUGGAGGUGAAAACCGUUGUCGCCUAUCUGGUGCUGCGUUAUCGCAUCCUGCCCGUAACGAGACGGGAGGAAAUACGCUUCAUUGCGGAUCUUGUCCUGCGGGCGUCCAGUCCGCUGAAGGUUUGCUUCGAGCGAAGGAGGAGUGCGUGGUAA